AUGAAGCAAUGUUUUAUUUAUUACUAUUUAAAGAAAAAUAAUUAUAAAAAGAUGCUGAAGAAAAUUAGAAAGCUUAUUGACCUUAGACAUCAUUAUGUAAUAAAUAGUUUUAUUGAAAAGUAUUACAAGUUUGGUAGCUACCCUUCAGGGCAAGACACCAUCACAUUUUUCUUAUUGCUAUUUAUUAAUUUUCAAUUUUAA